AGUGCACACACGGGUCUGGUCUGCUCCAGGGAUUAUCCUACCGCUUUCAGAUCUGAUGGAGGACAUGCAGGCAUGAAUAGGGCUGUUCUGUUGUCAGUGCGAGCUCAUGCCAGUGAUGGACUACAGCCGGACGGGCGCUAACCUUAGCUGGCAUUCACAAAACAGCAGUCCUCUUUACUGAGACCAGCUCCACAGAAUGCUGAGUCCCAUUGUCCCCUAUAGCCUGUUAAAGAUGCACUGGAACCCAGAGCAUGCCCAGUCCCUCAGCCAGUGGCCUGAGCAGCACCUGGACGUCUCCUCCACCACCUCCUCUCCGGCCCACAAGUCAGAAUUCUACUCUGGACGAGGCCGCGGCUCCUACAACUACGCCUGGGCCAAUGACGACAUCUCUGCCCUCACCGCCUCCAACUUGUUGAAGCGAUAUGCUGAGAAGUACGCAGGUGUGCUGGACUCACCGUAUGACCGGCCUCCUGCUGUGGGCACUUACCCAGAGCCGGGGGCCUUCGGGGGCCUCAACGGCCCGAAGACUGAGCUGGAACCCUGGCCACUAACGCACAGCACUGAUGCCUCCUAUCCCCUGGUGCCCCCUGGAGGCCAUGACAGCCUCCCAGGCUCUAAGACUGUCCCCACGUCCACAGGCCCUCUAGGCGUUAGCACCGUGUCAGUAGUGAACAGUAACCUCUCAGACUCUGGCUACAGUGGCAGCAGCUCCUGCAGUGGCUCCAGUGAAUACCCCUCUAGCUACAACGGCACCUAUCUUUCCUCAGGGUUCUGUCCGCAACCCAGUGCAGCACUUCCCCCUGCCUCCCUCCACACUCUCCAGUCCACCCCUACUCUAGUGCCCAGCUAUAGCCCUACCACAGCAGUCUAUAACUACCCCCCAAGCACGUACCCUCCCCAGACCAGCCUUGCUCCCAGCUAUGGCCAUCCCUCUGCUACUUACCUGCCCUCAGGUCUACCAGCCCCUACUCCCGUUCCCUCGAGACCCACGGUGGUAGGAGGCAGCUAUAGUUACCAGAGCACCAACCUUGGCACGUCUGAGUCUGGAGGGACGUUAAAAAGAAAAGCAUUCGAGAUGAGUGUAGAAGAGGAUGAAAGCGGGGACAGGUCUCGGUACAGAAAAUAUAGCUAUGAGACCCUAAAGGCAGGGGGAAACUCACAUUACAGCGUGAAUGACAAAACAGAGUGCCGGGGAAACGGCUACAACAGUUCAGGAAGCACAGACCCUCAAACCUUUAAGUCCAGCAAGCCCUCCUCCCAGCCCCUGGUGUCUCCUCAGUUUGGGGCAGCAGGGGAGUACAGCCCUCCAGCAGGCAUGACGGGGGAGAAUGGCGUGGCAGAGCAGGGCUUUCAGCAGCAGCAGCACCGCGCCCAGGCCCUCAAACGCCCUUCAUUAUGUUCUGCAACUGUUGAGACUAUGAAGAGCCCAGACCCCCGAAUGUUGGACCUUGUCAAUGGGGAGUUAUUAGACUGCAGCCCUGCACUGAGCUGGGGCGAGCUGGCUGGGCUCACCCAUGUCAAAGCUGCCCUGGAGGAGGACCUGCUGUGGCCCGUGUUGAGGCCCAGUCCAGUGAUGCGGCCACCAAGAACCGUCCUGCUGUUUGGCCCCAGGGGAGGGGGUAAGACGACACUUACUCGUUCGUUGGCUUCACAGUUAGGGGCUUCCUUCUACCGCUUGAGUGGAGCCAUGCUGGCCUCUAAAGGGAAGCCAGAGGCAGAGCACAUCCUGGGGUCUCUGCUGCAGGUGGCGGCAGCACGGCAGCCCUCAGUGGUGCUGCUUAGUCAGGUGGAGGCCAUGGAAGAGGAGGGGCUGAGUCAGAUACUGCUGACCACCCUGGAGAAAGCCCAGGUGGGGAACACAGGUCUGGUCAUUCUAGUGUGUGCAACCGGAAGGCCAGAUCUGCUGCAAGAUGCCGUUCAUCGGAGCUUUGCCAAGCGAUAUCAUGUCGGCCUCCCAGAUGUGGGGAUGCGCAAGCAGGUGCUUCUGCAGGCGGUGUCGCCUCAAGGCUGCAGCCUGAGCGAGAGGGAGUUGAGCAUCGUGCUGCAGCGCACAGAGGGUUUCUCAGUGUGGGAGCUGCUGCAGCUCAGCCAGCAGGCGUCCUCCCCAACUGGAGCCAUGCAUGGCCUCACCCCAUCCUCCAAAGCCCCAGACUUCACAGACUAUGAGAAUGCCUUCUGCAAGGUGCGGCCACACACCACCACAAAAGAACUGGACACUUGUAUAGAGUGGAGCAAGAUGUAUAGCCACUGAGAAGGCAGCCGGUCUCUGCAUUCGGACUGCACUACAACCCGGUCUUUGCUUUGACUUAGCAAGCCUUGGGAAUGUUUUGUUGUUGUUUUGUAAUUACAGAUUAUGCAGCCAAAAGAGCCAGAGAAGCUCAACAGUAUGGGAGAGCUGACAAAGUUGUUUCACUGGCAGAAGCAUGCCAUGGUGUGCUGUUUUCGUUUUGCUAUGAAUACCUGCAAUAUUUAAUUUUUCCCAAAGAGAAGAAAGAUGAAUUGGCCUUGUUGAGUGGGGUAGUGUAUUAGUCGUUUGGCCAAUGGGAAAAUCAGAUAUUAGCUAUGUGGAUCCUCUCAGAGAUCCUGAUUAGCCUUGGUCCAGGACAAAAUCAAUUAUUUGUUGCUAGGUGACGUGGUCCAAGAUUAUGGAUAAUCAGGGUUUGGAAAAUCCCCCCUUUGGCUGCUACUCUCAGGAUCCUAUUUAUUACCAGUCCACUUCCAUGCUAUCCUAAUGUUGAUUUACUCAUUGGAUUGUCAUCAAUCAUUCAGUACAAAGGGCUUGGGAUCAGCAACAUUUCAGCGAACCACAGUUUUUGACCAAAAACUUGUUAAACCAAAUACAUAAUCAGCCGUACUUUUAAAUUUCUCUAAAAGGACUGGACCUCCAAAUCACAAAAAUAAUAAUAGACUUGAUAGCUUAUAACCAAAUCAUAAUACAACAGCUUCUCCUUACUAUUCUGAAAAUAAAGUGUUCGAAAUUCUAACCUGCUCUGACCAGGAGGUCAGUUGUUUAAGUGAAAUCUUUGCUGUUUGGUUGUAGAAAUACUUCUCAUGCAUCCUUAUUUAACUCACCUUUGGCACUAUGCUCACACUUAACAUGGUACAGUUCACUGUCAAAUUACUUUAAUAUUCUUUAUUAAUCACAUUCCACAUCGACUGCAGUUUUCCUGAGAAUCCCACACACAGAUCAACUCUAACCCACCUUGUACAUCCAGCUUCUCUUACAGCAUGUCUGUUUUUCUAUUUCACGUACUCCUUUUGUUUUCAUAGUAUGUAGUCUUGUUUGAAAUGCUCAGGAAGAAUUUCUUUACCUCAGAAAUUUGAAAUAAAGAAUGUAUGUAAUCUUAGGGUCUUAGUAGAGAGUGGCGAGAUAACGGAGCGAGGAGAAACCUGACAGUCUUGUAAUACCCACUGCAGCUGGGCUUUUACCUCGGGAGAGAAACUUGAAUAUGCUACAAAGAGUAACAUUGAAUGUAAUUCAGGUAUUUCAAAGGAUAUUUGAUGCCAUAAAUCCAUGUAUUAUUAUAUAUGAAUAUAUAAAUACGUUUUUUUUUCUUUUCUUUUAUCCUUUAUUUUUAUUGUAGUUUAUGGUGGAGUGAUGAUUGUCUUCAAGAAAAAAAUGCUAUGUAGAAUACAGAAAAUAUUCCCCUUUUUUGUUGGACAAACUGCUCGCAAAUCUCUGUGUUAUCUAGUGUUUACAUAUCCCGCAUAUGCAUGUCUGCUCUUUAUAGUUUUACUGCUGCAAAAGUAUCAUUUGAAAAUGUAAAUACAACACAUGCAAUCGUGCACUCACGGCGAACAUUUGAGCACAAGAAACCAUCCAAAAAGACCACGACACAGAUGCAAAAAAAACAAAAACAAGUUUGAAGAAGUUGUAGCUUUCAACAAAUCCCAAAGUCUAAUGAGUCACAGCUAAUGUGUACAUAUUGCGGAUGAACCCAACAUGUGGACAAUCCAAAAAAACAAACAACAAAAAAAAAUCUCCUUUCCCAGCUGUCCCACACUUCUGUUUUAACAAGCUGGAAAAACCCAGUCACCGGUCUGCCGGGACAAGAGGUCGUAUGUAUUAGACUGUUGCCAUGGUCCUGAGGAGGUAUACACACAAUGAUGUAAUAUUUCCUACCGUCCUCUCCUCCCUCCUUCCCUCCCUCCUUCCUGCCCUCAUCAUUCUUUUUCUCUUUUUCUCUCCCCAAUGCAAUCUCAUUAGAUUGGAUUGCCCCCUGGCCACGAGCCCUAGUGGCCAUGUGGCGUUGUAUCUUCUCCCCACCCCCCCUCCUCUUUCCCCUCUUCCCUUAUACCGAUUCCUCCGGAGUGGAAGUGGUCUGAUUGAUGUCCAGCAAUCCUAUAUCACAGUGCAGCCUUCCCUCUCCAGCUGGUGGCUUCAGUCAUGCUGUACAGCCAGAUCAAUCAGAGUGACCCCCACUGUGCAUACUGAUCACCGUCUCAGAAAAAAAACGAAAACACAUUUACAAAUUACGGAACAAGCCCUGCCUCCAGUGGCCACCGUCGAGAUAAGGCCGGCGAUUAUUCACGUGUAAUUACAGGAAUGAAAUAAUGACGAAGAGCUACAACGUUGUGAUUCCUUGUCCCCUCGACUCCUGACAGUUUGUCCAACAAAAUAAGCUUUUAUUUUGUACGUUUUUGAUCUGUUAUCGCAGUAACUUUGUUCUUGGUUAUUGUACAUUUUCUGUAACCAUUUCUACCUCAUUUUUGCGGCAUAUUGUACAUGAAAGUAUUUAUUUCAUGUCUUUUUUGAUGUCUGUUUUAAAAAUGAUAAUAAUGUUCUUGAACUGUAAUAGUCUACCUCAGAAAAGACUGUAUUUUAAGAGAAGAGUAUCACACAAUAUUAAACAGAAUUUGUCAAUAUUG